GUCGACAGGCACAACUACUACAGGGCACUCCACGGAGCGCCAAGGCUGACGUGGUCUCCAGACCUGGCCCGCGACGCCGCUGUGUAUGCUGUGGUCGCCGCUAACAAUUACCAUGCUGGUGGGGCCUCCAGCAUGCCCGCAACCACGGGACACACCUCGGCUGAGGCGGCCGUGGACAGCUUCUACAGCAAGAUUGAGCUCUACAACUACAACAACACGGGUUUCAGCACCAGAACCGGGCAUUUCACACAGGUCGUGUGGCUGGGCAGCACUCACAUCGGCAUUGCUGAGGUCAAUCGUGUGUAUGUCUUCAGGUACUGGCCAUCCGGCAAUGUAUAUGGCGCCUUUCUGGACAAUGUGCGGCCUCGU